CCUUAGAUAGGAACCUUUGGAAAACUAGAAUUAGAGUAGCUGGAUAGGAGCUUGGUGUUGUAGAGGUUGUUUUGUAGUGUGUUGUAUUCGUUUGGAAUCUUCUGCUAUUGCUUGUACUUGGUGCUUUAUCUGUGUUAUACUGUGUUCCCUUCCAUAUUUUUGUGCAGGUGGAGCCGGGGGUCUCUUGGAAACAGCCUCCCUACUUCCGAGUAGGGGCAAGGUCUGCGUACACACACCCUCCCCAGACCUUACUGUUGUGGGAUUCACCUGGGUUGUUGUUGUUGUAUGUUAAUGUAAAUAUGUAAUUAGUGUUUUAGAUUGAGAUAAAACAAAGGCAAGUAAAUUUGAGAAGCAGAACGAGAAGGGAUAAAGGAAUGUCAUUUCAGCUCCACUCCGGCCAGUACUACCACUUGCCGUCGCUCCCGAGUCUCGCUUCACUUACAACCUCUUCGAAGCUCUAUCAAUGUCAUGCGGCACCGCCGAGACUCUGGAGCGGUUGCGCGAGAUUGAUGUCUCCCGCUAGCAGAAAGCGGCGACAGAAGUCAUCAGCCAACAGCUCAUUCAACCGCCCUUCGGCAUCAGCUUCCCUUGAUUUGACAGAAGACAAUGUCAAGCAGGUCUUGGUUGAUGCCCGGACAGAGCUUGCUCAACUGUUUGAUACCUCUGUUGGGAUAACAGGCAAAGUAGAACUGGCAGAAGUGGAUGGACCCUACGUGAAGAUCAGUUUAAGUGGCAAGUUUUGGCAUAAGCGUGCCACUGUUUUAGCUAGGAUUGGCAAUUACUUGAAGAAAAAAAUCCCAGAAAUCCUGGAGGUUGAUAUAGAAGAUGAGAAGCAGUUGGAUGACAGCCCUGAAAACUUCUGAGGCAGCACUUGCCCUUGUGAGGGGCAUACUGGCAUCCCACCAAACUGAGACUACCCUACUUGAGCUUCAUAAGCGGCCUUUGAAAAUACUUCAUUGUCAUCUUUACUGUGAAAUUGCAAGUCCACAAGUGAGGGAAAUAUAAGGCAUUCUUCAAACUAUAUUUCUGAAAAAGUAAAAAAAAUAAAUUUGUCUGCUACAGUAUAGACUUAUGCUGUGUGUAUUUAUCUUAGAAAUAUUUGCACUAAAUAUGUCGAAAACUUAACUCAUUU